AUGGGUGGAAGUGGAAGCAAGGUUACUUGGAAGCACAAUGUUCCAUCUCCAGCAGAUCCAUCGCAGAAAAGCGUUAUGUCCGAACCGCUGGAUGAGGUCAAGUUCUCUGACGAAGCCUUUUGGAAGCAUCUUGGAGCCUUGAAGCGAGAGCCCCUGCCAGUGCCUUUGUUUGCUAAAGCACUCGGUGUGCACGUGGCCAAGCACGAGGUUACUGACAGAGACGAUGGGACCUUCUUGGUGACAACAACUAUCGGUGGAUACUACGGUGGCGAGGUGGACGUGAAUUUUGUUCACAGCUACGAUCCAGACACGAACACUUGGAUGCAAAAAUGCGAUCGAGACCCUGGUCUCCAGAAAGUCAGCAAUGCCGUGGGAUUUCGGCUUCACGAGUCUCCUCGCACCAUUGAAAUGUGGGCUGUGAACGAGCCCGCACGCAACUCUGGUGUCGAGGUGGUAGCCGGCCUCAAAGGAUCCGUAGGCGCUGCGAUCUACUCGCUUUCGGAGAAGGAAGUGGAUGUUGAUGCCAAGGCGGACCAACCAUCCAAGGAUGGAUCUGGCAAACUGGUAGCACAAUCCGGGCCACUUGAUGAGUACAUCAAGAGUCCUGCCCAGUUCCUUGAGACUGCGCUUCAAGCUGUGAAGGAGGGCAAGGGUGUGCCCGGAAUAGUGGAGUUUUCCGUGAUCGAAGACAACUCAAGCGGUGUUAAGACCAAGGAAGUCAUUGACACCGACGGAAAUGGCACGCUGAAGGUCAACUACAUGCACCAUGUCUUUGACAUCGGAUCCGGCACGGCUGCCUCAACGACGUACAAGGAUGAAACCUACACCACGGCAUUGAGCGCUUGGCACACGAAGGUGCACUCAGGACCUUUGAUCAUCGAAAUGUUCAACGAGUCAUUCCCUGUACGCCACGCUGGUGAGGACGUCGUCAGAAACCUCGCGCCUCAGGUGGAGCAGGUCCUGGCGAAGGCAGUGGAGGAGACGGCGGCAAGUGGCUAA